AUGCCCCUCCAACAAGCAGACCUCGACACCACCAUCCUCCCCACCUCCAAUGUCCCCGCUCUUCCAGGAACCGCAGCCUCUUCGAUUACCUCGCAUCGAACAAAUACACCCCACAGACCGCAGAUCACCUCCACGCAUUCCGGCACCAAACAACUCUACAGCAAUGGCAAGGUUCCGAUACCCCGCCAGCGGGCAACCGCGGCCCCGCGGCAUAGUCGAAGAGUUCCUAGGGCUUGUCAGUCGUGUCGACAACGGAAGACGAAGUGUAGUGGGGAUACGCCGGUGUGCAGGCAGUGUAAGGAGUUGAGCAUUCAGUGCGAUUAUCCGGUUUCGUGGAGGGAGAAGAUGAAUCGGCAAUUGAAGGAUUUAUCUAACAAAACACGCGAUUAUGAAGAGUUGUUGAAGGACAUUGAGCAUAUGGUUGAUGGUUCGACGUCGGAGCGCAUCAAAGAGGCAUUGGACAAGCAUGUAGCAGAAGUUGACCGUUCACCCGCUGAGCGACAAUCGCAGCCUAUAUCACAGGAAGAUAUGAUGGAUGAACACCCUGACGAUAUGUCCAGCCCUUCAUCAAUCGGUUCGCUAGAGGCCAUUGAGCGUGUUGAAGAGGAUCUUAAUCGGAACGAAACUACAAGGGCAACGGGUUAUAUGGGCAAAAAUUCCGAAGUGACCUGGAUGCAGAGAUUGCGAAGAGAGGCAGAACAACGAGCGAAGAAGGAACCAGGCACUUACGACCCCGAUCCUGAUAAUGAAAGCGAUUACGCCCUUCAUUCCGGCAAUUACCAUUUGGACGACAUGGAAGUUUCGAUCCCUGGCCCGGUUCAAGUUUACGAGGUACCACCGCGGCCGCUGGCGGACAAGCUUUUCGAGGAUUAUCUGGCGUCGGUUCAUCCCUUCUUCCCGAUUAUUAGUCGCCCAUUGUUCAGCACGCAGUAUCAAUCAUUCUAUGACAACUCCGGACGCCCAGGAGAUAAGUGGUUGGCUAUCUUGAACGUGAUAUUCGCGAUAAGUGCCAAGAGAGCUCAUCUAAAGCAAGCACCGUGGCAAGGUGAAGAAAACGACCACUUGGUGUAUUUGACCCGGGCUCGGAUCCUGAGUAUGAAUGGUGAUGUGUUGUUCAGUCAUCCAGACCUUCAGCAAAUCCAAGUGGAAGGUUUGAUAGCGUUUUAUUUAAUCGCGUCAGAUCAGGUUAACAGAGCCUGGAGGAUCGCAGCAUUGGCGAUUCGUUCCGCGAUUACCCUUGGUAUCAACAUGAAAAACACCAGUGAUUUUACGGCCAGCAUCUCCAAGGAAUCGCGCAAUCGAGUUUGGUGGUGUUUAUACACCCUCGAGCAUCUACUAGGGAUAAUGACCGGCCGGGCGACAUGCAUUUUGGAUGGCGUCUGCACAACUCCACUGCCUCUCCCGUUUGAGGGGGAUCAGUUACAGGAACCACUGGUAGCCAAGCUUCUUAACGACCUGAGUCUACGCGAAGAGUUUGUAGGAAAUGCUAUUGCGAGUUCUUUUAUUCACCAAAUAUCCUCGAAUCCUCUUGGGGGCAAGGAUGCCAAAUAUACCGAUAUACCCCGAGAUGUGACUUGGUUGAAGAGCCUGCCUCCUAACAAUGCGCUUUGCUUCCUUUACUAUGCCGACUUGGCGGUCAUCUCUCAAGAGAUUGUCAAUCGAGUUUAUUCACCCGACUGUGCCAUGGUGCCGUGGGCACACAUUGAGAAUCGGAUUGGAGUGUUGAGGUCACGGCUUGACCUCUGGUUUGCGAGUCUUCACCCAGCAUUCGACUUUACGCGUAAAGAAGAUGAAGGGCCCGAUUUACUUCGGGCCAAACUGUUUUUGGCUUUCCAUUUCUACAGCUCCCGGAUUACGCUCGGGCGUCCGUGCCUUUGCCGUCGCGAUGCACACCAAAGUGGUCAAGGCAAUGAGAAGCCAGCAUUUAGUCACGUCAUGGCUAUGCUAUCCCUGGAUUCUGCUAAUAAGAUGUUGGAUUUGAUUCCGGAUCAAGCGGAUGCGAUUCAACUGUACGAAAUAGGGCCUUGGUGGUGCGUACUACACUGUCUUGUGCAAUCUGUGACAAUUCUCUUGCUUGAGUUGUCGUUCGGGAGCAUCCAUAUUCCCGAAGAGGAACAGAACAUCUUCACAAUGGCGAAAAAGGGGGUUCGCUGGCUCCACUCCAUGUCCGAAUUUAGUACUGCGUCGCGUCGCGCAUGGCAGUUGUGCGAUAUGAAUCUGCGUAAGAUUGCCCAAGGAAUGGAUUACGAUGUAAGCCAUAUGCCAACCUUCGACUUUGGUGCAGAUGAGGUGACCAACGGCCAUAAGGAUCAGCUAAACGGUUCCUUCAAGACUAACGGCAUUGACAAAGCUGCCCAUCAAGAUAACGGGCAGUUGCCAGACGGGCCGGGUUUACCACCUGGUGCGGCAGGUUUUACUCUUAUAUCUGAUGCUGAUGGUGCACCAGAUGCAGGUCCAGCGCCUGGAAUUGGGCUUGAUGGGAAUGAUGUAUUCUUCCCCUAUGACCCGAUUAAUGGGGAGUUUGUUCGGUCUUAUUUCCCGACUUUUUAUACGGAUGAGAACCAGGAAUGGGGUUUUUGA